AUGGCCCACGAGCUUCAGAAAGCCCAGCUGCUUUCUCGGAGGGACACACUGAUCGCAUCCCUGGGUCGGGCAGAGGCAUUCAUCGAUGGAUACGACGAGCAACGAGACCAGCCACAAGUGAGAAUACGUUUGGAGUACUUCGACUCCAUGUGGACAGCGCUAGAGCAGGUGCAGGGUGAACUGGAGGACACCGAAGCGACUGAAGAAGGUAGGACACAAAAUGCAGAAUUACGAGCUAAUUUCGAGCCUAGAUUGUUCAAAGUCAAAGGGGACUUGGUAUCUAAAUUGCCCGCCACUACUUCGUUUGAAACGCCAAAUCCUCAACCCUCUCUCUCAACCACACAUCUUUCUGGAAUCAAGCUACCCACAAUCUCCCUUCCCGAGUUCGAUGGUGACUACGAGCAAUGGUUACCAUUUCAUGACACAUACGUCGCUCUCAUUCACAAUAAUCCCGACCUACCACCCAUACAAAAAUUCCAUUAUUUAAGGGCAGCUUUGAAGGGGGAAGCUGCUCAGUUAGUUGAAUCGAUCUCCAUUUCUUCGGCUAACUACAAUCUAGCAUGGAACAUGCUUACUGGUCGGUAUGCUAACGAGUACCUUCUAAAGAAGAGGCACCUACAGGCAUUGUUCGACAUACCACGCGUGAGAAAGGAGACAGCAGCUACGCUUCACAGCUUGGUCGACGAUUUUGAGCGCCAUACGAAAAUCCUGCAUCAACUGGGGGAGCCAACCGAUAGCUGGAGUGCGAUUUUGGAGCAUCUACUGUGUACGCGAUUGCACGACGACUCUCUUAGGGCCUGGGAGGAUCAUGCGUCCACCAUCGAGAACCCGAACUACGCCUGUAUCAUCGAAUUUCUGCAACGACGAAUCCGUGUGCUGGAAUCAAUAUCGGUCAACCACCACCCGUCAAGCUCAAACAUCGUUGCGCCACCGCAGCACGCAAAACGAUUUAUCAGCCACCAGCGUCUUUCAUCUUUUUCGUCAACCACAGCCACGAAUUGGAACUGCCCGGCGUGUCAUCAGCAACACACUUUGCUAAAGUGCUCGAAAUUCCAUCGACUGCCUGUCAACGAGCGCCUGAAGAUAGUCACCAUCAAAGGUUUCUGCAUCAACUGCCUGCUCCCAAACCAGGUAGGACACAACUGCUCUACCCACAAUUGCCGACACUGUGGUCGAAGACAUCAUUCGCUUUUACACAUUCACCGCUCUGAUGAAGGAAGGAGAAACAACAGUGAACACCAGCCGAACAGCUCGACACCUGUGGUAGUCCAAACAAAUUCAUCCUCCCCACGAGCCGGUCCGGCUCAGCAAACAUCCGCAGCAACUGCUGAAAUCGUUCCACACAUCGAAAGCAGCACACCCAUAAGCCAGCCGAACGAGACCGUUUUCCUUAUGACUGCUAUCGUUAAUGUCGUCGACGCCUUCGGAAAACCUCACCCAGCCCGUGCGCUUCUGGACAGCGCGUCGCAGCCUAACUUAAUAACCGAACGCAUGGCACAGCUGCUACGCGUAAAACGACAUAGGGUAAACGUGACAAUUAUGGGCGCAGGUCAACUUUCGAAACCAGUUCGAGAAUCAAUUUUUACCCAAGUUAAAUCUCGCUCUAGCAACUUCUUCUGCGAUGCCAAUUUUCUUGUGAUGCACAAAGUAACCGCUAAUCUCCCUGCACAGGACGUAUCCCAAUUAGACUGGAAACUUCCGAAUGAAAUCUCACUUGCUGACCCCUCUUUUCAUCGAAGUCAACCGAUCGAUCUUGUCUUAGGUGCUAGGCAUUUUCACGGUUUCUUCCCCACUGCAGCUCGUUUACAGAUCGACAAUCGACUUCCUCUCCUUGUCGAUAGCGUUUUUGGGUGGAUAGUAUCAGGUUCCGGUACGUAUGUUGGUCCCGAUGGUGAUAAGGAGGUUAACAAAAGGCUACAAACAACCGUCGUGUCCAUGGUUUCUCUUGAGCAGAUCAUCGAAAGGUUCUGGACGACCGAAAGCCUGUGCAUCAAUGACACAUAUUCAGCGGAAGAGAAAUUUUGUGAAACCCUGUACGAUUCUACCACCACACGCAACGAAAAAGGACGAUAUUUGGUACGCUUACCCCGAAAAGCUGAUUUCAACGUCAUGAUUGGCAACUCGAAAGCGAGCGCGCUUCGCCGGUACCAAUUACUGGAACGCCGAUUGAAUAGAAACCCGGAACUCAAGGAGGAAUACGACAGAUUCAUGCGGGAAUAUCUCUCCCUUGGCCACAUGAAACUGGUCAACGCGGACGACGAUCGCUCUCCCGUAUCCUAUUACCUGCCACACCAUCCCGGCUCUUCAAAAGCUUCAUCCGGCUUCUCACUCAAUGAAGCCCUUUGCGUGGGUCCUGUAAUGCAGGACGACUUGCUUACGCUCAUUCUCCGGUUCCGUACACUGCCAAUUGCUCUCGUAGGCGACAUAGCAAAAAUGUAUCGGCAGGUUCUAGUACACCCGGAAGACACACCCCUGCAGAGAAUCCUCUGGCGUUUUACCAACCACACUCCAAUCCAGACCUACGAGUUGCUCACCGUUACCUACGGUCUGGCCCCAUCAUCCUUUCUCGCGACCCGUACCCUGAAGCAGUUAGCGAAAGAAGAAGGUUCAUCGUACCCCCUGGGCCAGGCGGCUCUCGAAAAAUGCUUCUAUGUGGACGAUUUCAUCGGAGGAGCCCGAUCGAUCGAAGAAGCCGUAAGUCUGAGGAACGAACUAUCUGAGCUGCUAUCGAAAGGAGGAUUCGAGCUACGUAAAUGGACUUCGAACCGUCUCGAGGUACUUCACGGUUUGAACGACGACCAAAUUGGGACACACUCUUCUCUGCAGUUUGGCCCCAACGAGACGGUAAAAACGCUGGGAAUUAGCUGGGAACCCGAGGCCGAUUUUCUUCGAUUCGAUUCGCAAGUUGAACCAAACGAAAAACCGUGGACCAAGCGAGCAAUCUUGUCCACCAUCGCUAAACUCUUCGACCCGAUGGGACUGAUCUCUCCGGUGGUGGUGACAGCGAAGAUGGUGAUGCAGCAGCUCUGGCUACUACCAUGUGGAUGGGACGAUCCAGUGCCAGAAAGCCUAUUUGGGGGUCCAAAUUAUCAGAUAUCGAUUAACAAAUGCGUGUUCACUGUUUGA